AGGUAAAAGUUCUGGGAAGUGUAAGUAAAACCUUGGCAUUAUUGAAGACUUUCUCUUGUGAUGCCCACAAAUUAUAUUGUUGGAUAUUGGGUAGACUGGUUUUUUACGUGUGCGCAAGAGGUACCAGACUCGAUGAGUUUCCAUCGAAAUGUCGGAAAAGGCAGGUCAGAACACAAAAGCAAAGGAUGGGAAAACAAAGUAUGCAACGCUCAGUCUAUUUAAUACUUACAAGGGAAAGUCACUGGAAACACAGAAAACCACAGUUGCCACACGCCAUGGAUUACAGAGUCUGGGAAAAGUUGCCAUUUCUCGGAGGAUGCCUCCCCCAGCUAACCUUCCUAGUCUUAAAGCAGAGAACAAAGGCAAUGAUCCGAAUGUAAACAUUGUGCCUAAGGAUGGCACAGGAUGGGCUUCUUCUAAACAAGAACAGCAUGAGGAAGAAAAACCGCCAGAAGUGCCACCAACACAGCCAAAACCUGCACCACCACCUCCUCCUCCUCCUCCACCAGAAGCACCUCCUGUUGCCAAAUCGUGGGCCAGUACCAAGCCAGGUGGGCAAGGCGAUGGUCCAGCUCUUCCAGUAAACCGUUAUUUCCAGCAAGAGUUUCCCAGUCUGCAGGCAGCUGGGGAUCCAGAGAAAUCAGGCAAAGAGAAAGAUGCAGCUGAAGAGCCCCAGGGACCUGGACCUAAUUCACGACCACAAAAUCAGGAAGUUAAAACUCCAGGCCAAGAAGAUGGUAGUGCAGCAGGAGCAGCAGAACAAACUGACGCCCAAAAGGCAGCAGAGAAGAGGGAUGUACGGAUGCCGCAGGUACCUCAGCCCAAGCUGAAUGGCCAACAGCAACCUGGUAUCUCUUCUCAGUACCGAGCAAUGAUGCCACCUUAUAUGUUUAAUCAGCAUCCCAGAAUGGCAUAUCCUCCAAUGCAGGGUCCCAGCAGGUUUCCUGCUUCAUCUGAGCCUAGCAGAGGUCCAAGGGGAAGAGGACCCCCAUCUCGGUGUGCAGAACCAGUAGAGCGUCCGUCCAUCCUUAGUGCUAGCGAGCUCAAGGAGCUUGAUAAAUUUGAUAAUCUAGAUGCUGAGGCUGACGAAGGCUGGGCUGGUGCUCAGAGUGAGGUAGAUUAUACAGAGCAGUUGAACUUCAGUGAUGAUGAGGAGCAAGGAAGCAGUCAGAAAGAGAAGGAAAGUGGUGAUGAACAAAUGCCUUCCAAAGAUUCUCAAAGUAUUGACAGCCACAAAGAAGCAGAAGAACAGUCCAGUAGUAAAUCCUCAACCCAAGCUACUUCACCAGGAGUAAAAGGACCAUAUGGCAAGAGCACUCAGCCUGACCAGGAGCGGGGUCCAGCACCACUACAGCCUUCUGUACAUGAGAGAGGCAGUUCUACGCUUCCCCCCAAAUCUAUUUUACAACAGCACCCACCUCCGGAUCGCCAGGCAGGACCUGGAAGACAGGGACCCUUUCCCCCUAAGCCAGUACCAGAUGAAGAUGAAAUUUGGAAGCAGAGGCGAAGGCAGCAGACAGAAGUAUCAGCAGCUGUGGAACGAGCCCGAAAGCGGCGAGAAGAGGAAGAGCGAAGAAUGGAAGAACAAAGAAAAGCAGCUUGUGCAGAGAAGCUGAAACGGUUAAAUGAGAAGUUCGGCUGCGUGACAAAACCCUCCCGGGAAGACUCUCUGAAGGCGAGAGAGAAGGAAAGGGAGCGAGAGAGGGAAAAGGAGAGAGAGCGAGAGAGGGAACGGGAGAGGGAGAGAGAAAGAGAAAAGGAAAAGGAGAGAGAGAGGGAGAGAGAAAGGGAAAAAGAAAAGGAGAGGGAGAGAGAAAGGGAAAAAGAAAAAGAAGAGAGGGUGAGGGAAGAAAAAGAAAAACAAGAGAAAGAGCAAGACGGGGAGAAAGAGAAGGAAAAGGAGAGGGAAGAAGAGGAGGAGGCAAAGGUGGAGGAGGAGAAGGCAGAUGAGAAGCUGGAGCCUGAAAAGCCUGAGCCUCAAGAACCAGUGAUAACACCUGUAAUAGAAAAACAAGAAAAUGAAAGCAGAAAUAAUAAUGAAGAGAAGGAGAGUCCACCAGUCUUCACCAGACAAGACAGUGGUCGGAAUGAAAAAGAAAGUUCACAGGUGGCUCAUGACAGUGAUCUGGAUACAGGAGCCCAACCUCGUCCUGCUGUUUCCUCAGGCUAUUCUAAACAGUUUCAGAAAUCAUUGCCACCAAGAUUUCAAAGGCAGCAGGAGCAGAUGAAACAGCAACAGUGGCAACAACAACAGCAACAGCAGCAAGGUGUACUGCCACAAUCGGCUCCAUCGCAGCCUUCCAGUGGCCCUGUCCCUCCUCCCCAACACAGACCACUUUACCAGGCCAUGCAGCCCCAUCCUCAGCAUUUAGCUUCUAUGGGCUUUGAUCCACGGUGGCUUAUGAUGCAGUCUUACAUGGACCCGCGAAUGAUGUCGGGAAGGCCUGCAAUGGAUGUGCCUCCUAUGCAUCCAGGAAUUAUGCCUCCCAAGCCAUUAAUGAGAAGAGACCAGAUGGAAGGGUCAGGAACUAGUUCAGAUUCAUUUGAACAUAUAGUUCGAUCAGCAAGAGAGCAUGCUGUAUCACUGUCAGAGCCCCGCAUGAUGUGGGGUUCAGACCCAUAUCCCCAUGCAGAACCUCAACAACCUAGUACUCCUCCCAAAGUGCUAGAAGAGCCUGAGGAUUUGAGGCCUGAAGCACGCUUGGAACAAGAACGAAUUGCUGUUACUACUGCUUACCCUGUUGAACACAACCAGUUGGACUCUCAUCCAAAGGCAGACUUUUUUAGAGAACCAGGUGAGGUGGAUGUACAAAAAUUCCCAAGCAGGUCUUUGGAAGACAUACAGCCUCUCCAAACUGACGCACCUAGCUCAGCACUUAGCUUUGAAGUAGUUGAUGAAAAUAUUGCACACAGCUCUCAGGAAGAGCUGGUGCCUAUAGGAGAGAGUCAUUCAGCUCUGAAGAGAAGCAUUUACCAUGGUUCAAGUCAUUCUUUAAAACCAGAAGAACAGAGGAAUGAGACAUCAUCAGGUAUUCCGAAAGUGAACAGCAGACCUGUUGAGACAAAAGAGCCAGCGGAAAGACCAGAAAUUAAGCCAAAAAAAGAAGGUUUUAUGAGUAACAGAAUAUCAGAAGGUCCAAAAACUGAAAAACCUUUUAAGCCUAAAUCAGAAACCAGAUGGGGUCCUAGGCCCAGCUAUGGCAGAAGGGAGGAAGGUAGUGAUAGACCAAUAAGAAGAUCUGGCCCUAUUAAAAAGCCUGUGCUUCGAGAUAUGAAAGAAGAGCGUGAGCAGAGGGAGGAAAAGGAAGGAGAAAAGGUGGCUAAUGAGAAAUUUGGCAAGUCUGAAAAGACGGAAAAGAAGGAACAACCACAGCUGCCACCUCCCCAGGCAGAGCCAGAAAAAUCCACCUCAGAGAGUGCUCCUGUGGCUAAAAAGGUACCACAGGAUACAGGUCAGGUGUCAGAAACUGAAGACGGCAGUCUGGCAGAGUCCACAGUUAAGCCUGCAGUACAGCCUCUUCCUGUAGUCCAGCAAUCUCUGCCUGUAGUUCAGUCACCUCCUGUUCAGCAGCCUCCACCUGUAGUGCAGCAACCAGCUGUUCAGCAGCCUAUAACUCAGCAACCUCCACCUGCAGUGCAGCAGCCUCCUGUUCAGCAACCUGUUUCCACAGUUAAGGAAGACAAGCAGUCUGAGAAACCUGUUAGUAAAGAGAUUGUAGAGAAACCUCGCUUGGAAACCAGACCAGUAAAGCGAGAACCUGGUUUGCCACCUAGAACGUACUGGAAAGAAGCUAGAGAUAGAGACUGGUUCCCAGAACAGGGAUACAGAGGGAGAGGCCGGGGAGAGUAUUAUUCUAGAGGUCGCAGCUACAGAGGUUCUUACGGAGGACGUGGCCGGGGCAGCCGAGGCCAUAAUAGAGACUAUCCACAUUAUAGAGACACUAAACCUAGAGUAGACCAUGUGCCUCCAGGACCUGUUAGGCAGAGAGAAGAGAGCGAAACUCGUAGUGAGAGCUCUGAUUUUGAAAUAAUCCCCAAACGGCGAAGACAACGAGGCUCAGAAACGGACUCUGACAGCGAAGUUCAUGAAAGUGCUAGUGAUACUCUGCUUUCAGAUAAAGACAGCCUAAGCAAAGGCAAACAACCAAAGAGAGAAGAGAGAGUUGAAGGCAAGAAGCCUCCAAAGCCUCUGUCUUUCAAGCCUGAAAACCAUGUUAGAAUAGACAACAGAUCUCUAGAGAAAACUUACAUAAGGGAGGAUGAGAACAAACCAAAACCAGGAUUCCUUCCUAAAGGGGAACCUUCAAGGCGUGGCAGAGGAGGAAUGUUCAGACGUGGUGGUAGGGAUCCAACUGGCCGCCCACCCCGUCCAUCCACGCUAAGGAGACCAGGCUAUCGAGACAAUCAGUGGAAUCCAAGGCAAACAGAAAUCACUAAACCUGAAGAUGGAGAGCCACCAAGAAGAAAUGAACACUAUGGUCCCAUACCAGUGGAUAAAAGACCCCCCAAGUUUGAGAGAAAGUUUGAUCCAACUAGAGAGCAAAGGCCUGCACGACGGCAAAGGCCUGCACGACCUCCAAGACAAGAUAAACCACCCCGCUUCAGACGGCUAAAAGAAAGGGAGGCUGCAUCAAAAAUAAAUGAAGUAGCAACUAAUUCAUCAACAAGUGCUACAGUUACUAAUGCAGUUAAUGAAGCAUCCAGCACUGCACUGGAUAUUUCAGGGAGUAAAACACCAGACUUGUCCAAUCAAAAUUCUUCAGACCAAGCAAAUGAAGAAUGGGAAACUGCCUCUGAAAGUAGUGACUUCAAUGAGAGACGAGAGAGGGAUGAAAAAAAAAUGGCAGAUGUGACUAUACAGGUAGCUGUCAAAUCAGGAGAGGGCACUGUACCUCCCAAAAGGGAAAUAGCCAAGAGAAGUUUCUCUAGUCAGCGGCCCGGGAUAGAUCGCCAGAACCGACGUGGCAACAAUGGGCCAGCAAAGUCUGCAAGAAACUUCUCAGGGCCUAGGAGCGAAAGGCGGAGUGGUCCCCCUUCAAGAAGUGGAAAAAGAGGGCCGUUUGAAGAGCAGACAGCAAGCAUGACUACUGUUGAGCCCACCAGCAGCAAUUCUUUACAUCAGGAAGAAGGCAGUGGUGGUGCAGUGGUGCAGAAGAACUCCAAAGAUGUCUGUGGCAAAAAGAGAGACGACUCCAAGCCAGGUCCAAAGAAACCCAAGGAGAAAGUGGAUGCUCUAUCUCAAUUUGACCUCAACAACUAUGCAAGUGUUGUGAUCAUUGAUGACCACCCUGAGGUAACAGUAGUUGAAGACUCCCAGUGUAACUUGAAUGAUGAUGGUUUUACUGAAGUGGUCUCAAAGAAACAGCAAAAACGUCUGCAAGAUGAAGAGCGCAGAAAGAAGGAGGAACAGACGGUGCAGGUCUGGACCAAAAAGAGUUCAAGUGAAAAAGGAAGAGGUCAAAAUUCCAAGCUUCCACCCAGAUUUGCCAAAAAGCAGCAGCAACAGCAGGCAGCAGCGGCAGCUGCAGCAGCUGCAGCUCAACAAGCACAAGCUCAGACACAAGUGCAGACACAGCCUCAAUGUGUGUCUCAGACUACAAGCCAGCCACAGACUCCGGUUCAACCUCAAACUCAAACAGCAGGUGGAACUAACAAUACAGAAUAUGCAGUAACGGGCAAAGCUCUGCAAAAUGCACAGUCUCACAAUGCUCUUGGAACAGAAUUAUGGGAAAACAAGGUAGCGCCCACGACUGUUAUUACUGACAUCUCCAAGAAGUUGGGACCGAUUAGUCCACCACAGCCACCUUCAGUGAGUGCUUGGAAUAAACCUUUGACAUCAUUUGGAUCGACUACAUCUCCAGAGGGAGCAAAACCUGGACAGGAAAGUGGAGUCGAGCUUGGAAUAGAAACUAUUCAGUUUGGAGCACCAGCAUCCAGUGGCAGUGACAAUGAAGUUGGCCCUGUACUUUCAGAGAAGCCCACUGACAAACUACCUGAACCAAAAGAGCAAAGACAGAAACAGCCUCGGGCAGGCCCCAUCAAAGUACAAAAGCUUCCAGACUUGAGUCCAGUAGAAAACAAAGAGUAUAAGCCUGGUCCAAUUGGAAAGGAGCGUUCAUUAAAGAACAAAAAGGUGAAAGAUGCCCAGCAUGGAGAGUCUGAUGGACAGGAGAAGCCCAGUCCCACUGCUGUCAGAAGUCCAGAACCUGUUACUACAAAAGAAACCAAAGCAGUGAAUGAACUGAGCACUGAAAUAGGAACAAUGAUAUCAGUCUCCACUCCAGAGUUUGGAACUAAUACAAAGGAGUCUGUGACAGACUAUACUACACCUUCCUCUCAUCCUAAUACUGUGGCCACUAGCAGUACAAAAAUGGAGGAGACUUUGGUGACUAAUGUGCCCCUGCCCCACACCCUUCCCCUCCCUAGGAGGGAGACUCUACAACAGAGCUCCAGCCUAACUCCAGUUUCUCCCGCUACCGUGGACCUCACCCUCAAGAUGGAGUCUGCACGCAAAGCAUGGGAGAAUUCUCCAAAUGUGGGGGAGAAGAGUUCACCAGUAACCUCAGCAGCAUCUCCCAUCACUGGUAGCAACAGUGGCAGUAGUAGCAGUAGCAGUGGACCAAGCAGUGGUAGUUACAGCUCUUUCUCAAGUGCAUCAAUGCCUCCUAUUCCUGUGGCAUCAGUUACACCUACAACUUCACUCUCAGGAGCUGGAACAUACACAACCUCUUCACUGAGUACAAAGACUACAACCACCUCAGACCCACCUAAUAUAUGUAAAGUGAAACCACAGCAGUUGCAGACAAGCAGCCUUCCUUCAGCCAGUCACUUUUCCCAGCUAAGCUGCCUGCCAUCCCUUAUAGCCCAGCAGCAACAGAGUCCACAGGUCUAUGUGUCUCAGUCUGCAGCAGGUCCUGCAGCUCAGAUCCCAGCUUUCUACAUGGACACAAGCCACCUAUUCAAUACCCAGCAUGCACGUCUGGCUCCACCUUCCCUGGCUCAACAGCAAGGCUUUCAACCAGGACUUUCGCAGCCUGCUUCCGUUCAGCAGAUACCAAUCCCCAUCUAUGCACCUCUGCAAGGACAGCAUCAAGCCCAGUUGAGUUUAGGAGCAGCCCCUGCUGUUUCUCAGGCUCAAGAAUUAUUCAACUCCUCUUUACAGCCCUAUAGCCUGAUCUUUUGUAGGUCACAGCAGGCUUUUAUGCAGAGUGGUCUUUCUCAGCCAUCACCAGUAGUUCUGUCUGGCACAGCUUUGCACAACUUCCAAACAGUGCAGCACCAGGAACUUGCCAAGGCACAGUCGAGCCUUGCAUUCCAGCAGACUUCCAACACUCAACCUAUUCCCAUCUUGUAUGAACACCAGCUUGGUCAAGCUUCAGGACUAGGAGGCUCUCAGCUUAUUGAUACACACAUCCUCCAGGCCCGAGCUACUCUCACCCAGGCUUCAAAUCUAUAUUCUGGACAAGUUCAACAGCCUGGUCAGAGCAAUUUCUAUAAUACCGCUCAGUCUCCUAAUGCUCUCCAGCAGGUAAACUAUGGCAUGGUAACUGUACCUUUACCAGGAUCACAGCUUUCUUUGCCCAACUUUGGAUCCACAGGGCAGCCUCUAAUUGCUUUACCACAGUCACUACAGCCUCCACUGCAGCACACACCACCCCAGGCUCCGGCUCAAAAUCUUAGUAGGCCUGCACAAGUAAGCCAACCUUUCAGAGGAUUAAUCCCUGCAGGAACUCAGCACAGCAUGAUUGCUGCUACUGGAAAGAUGUCAGAAAUGGAUCUGAAGGCCUUUGGAAGCGGCAUUGAUGUUAAACCAGGAACUCCUCCAGUUACUGGUAGAAGUACCACUCCAACCUCCAGUCCAUUCCGUUGGUAGAAUUUUCGGAUUCCUUUGAUAUCCAGGAGAUGAAGAUUGCAAUCAUUUUCAGACCACACCUCACCAUUACUCCAGAGGAGGCAGAGAUUUGGGUUUUCCAAAGUCUGCUUUUUCAAUUAAUGGGCCUUUAAAUAGGUCAUGUUGUAACCCAGCCAGAUUGCACCUGGAGUGAGAAGAGCGUGUUUUCAGAAACUCUAAGAAGGCAAUGACUUCUGCAGGCCCUAAAGUCAGAAAUGGAUGCAAAAAUAGAGCUAGAAAGUUCUGAAGAUUUCAGUGGACUAUAAAGUGCACUUGAGGACUACAAAUCAUAGUUGAGAUUCAUUUUUGGACAGUGUUCACUACAUUUCACCUGCAGCUGCACUUGAUAUUUUGUGAAUCUAUGCUGUUUCUCCAUGAACUGUUUUGUUUGACUAUAGUUUUCACCAUGCAUGCAAUGGAGGGACACAUCCAAAGUAUUUUCAUACUGACAUGUUUGGUGUAUUGGAAGCAAGCAUAUCUUAGUCAUAGAUGUUUUUGUUCAGAUACACUAAUGUAAGUGGUGUUGUGGCAGUUACAUGCUGGGGCUUGGGGUCUGAACUUAUGGCUUGAUGUCUGUGUCCUGGUUCUGAAUGAAGCCAGUUAAUCCUGCAGUGCCUUUUUAAUAUCCAACUCCUUGGGUUGCUUUAGAUUUCAAAUCAUCCCAAAUUUCUUGCAUAAUGUAGUUUGAAAAGUGUAUUCAAUGUCAGCAAGUUGCUAAAUUGCUUGCCAUCAGUUUGCUAGGCAGAUAGUUGACCUUUUUUUGUUUUUCUUCAUAAUUUCCAAAAUCCCUUUUUAGUUUCAUUUGUGCAGGUUAGAUUUCUACUGCAUUUUACUGACUGUGUUUAGGUGCUUGUGUACAGAAUCAGUUGUAUUUGGCCCUAGUAAGAGGGAAUUUUGGAGGAAAGUUUCUGGAAACAUUUCUACUUUUUCCUCGUAUUCAUAUCUCUGUAAGAAGUAAUGUAACUGCUUUUCUUCAAAAAUAAAAAGUUGUGAUUUAUAGUACAUGCAUUGCUUGUAUCUUUGUGAAAUUAUCUACUUCUGUGAAAGACUGCAGUUGAAACAGAACUUUCACUGAGAUCACUGAAUGUUGAGCCUGCUUCAGGACUAUGGAAAUAAAUAUGGAUGUAUGGUUAAGUACUCAGCUGGAAAAUGCUGAAGUCUGCAUUCUCACACAGGUUUGCUGUCCCCCUUGUGGAUACAUUAUGGUUUUUGAAAUGCAGUAUCUCCAGAAACUUUUAAUACAAACUAAGUACACAUGUUCAGUAUUUGGUAAUAGUUUAUUCUUUCACGCUUGCUUAACUAUUACUGUUUAGCAGUUCACGUGUAUCCUCAGAUUUUAGAAAGAAAGUUAAUGUGUACUAUCCUGUGCCUAUAGGAGUGUGUGCUUAUCAAAAGAUGCUGGACAUUGAAGGCUUGAAGUAUAACUCUAAUUUUGGCACUUUUUGACUUUGACUGGAUGAUCUCCGUUUCUAAUGGGAUAAAUACCCUUCAAAUAUGUCCUUUUAAUUACAAGUAUAUAUACAUAUUUGCAGUUGCUAUACUUAGCAGAAGAGCAGAAAUAAAAACGUCUUUUCAGCAGCUAGAAACCUUCUUCAGUUAUACUGACUGUACAACGUACAAAUUACCUAAACUGCGCAGUUUCUUCCACUCUGGCAAUUUUCAUUGAAGAUGUAGCUUAUUAUAAUUAAGUUGAACAUCCCUUUAAUGAUACAACUUUAGUGUUCCAUUAGUACAGUUGUUGUGUUUUCAUUGGGAGAAGAUUUUGUUGGGGGUGGGGAGGUGGAAAAGAAAAAAAAAAAAAAGGAAGUUCUGUCUCCAGAGUUGGUGUUUUGCUCGGUUGCAAAAAAAGGCAACGUGUAAAUUGAACAAUCGGGACAUUCCCUCUCCCAGACACAUUAGAAAGCCCACGAGAGCAUGUGUAUUUUUUUUGUACACUUUAACAGAUCCCUCAGCUGCUUCAAAAGCCUCUCCCCCAUAAUUUUGUGCAGCUAGACUGAAAGACUUGAGAUUCGUGAGCAUUCAUCCUAGUUCAAACUGAAAACUACAAAUAUGAACUGGUUUUAAGCUAACAAAACUAUGUGCGUUUUGCCUAGCUGCACACACAUUUGCUUUAAGUCAGUGUUCAUUAGCACCUUAUCAGAAAUGCAUCCAACAUGCACGGUACAUGAAACUUAGAGCCAUUAGAAUCCCAUUUCCUCCAGAAUAAGGCUGUAUAGGAUUCCUAAAUGCAGGCUCUGACAUGCCAAAACUCAGCUUUCGGGCAUCGUCUGUUUUGGUUCUAUGGUAAUUCAAAAUGUUCCAACAUUUUACAGUCUUGGGCCAAGUUUACUAACCCUCAAACUGGAAGAAAUUCUUGGCAAAGACCAGUCCUGGAAAACUUCAUCCUGAAAACAACUUCCAGAAAGCCAUGAGCAAGUGAAACGGGGAUGAAAAUAGAUAUAAUUAUGCAAGUUAACUACUCCUGUGGUGUGCUUAGCACACUGAUUCACAACCUUUUUUUUAGACUCAAGACAUCCCUUGUUGGACUCAAGUUAUUCCUCUAUAACUUUGGUAAAUUGAGUGGCUCCCCAGUUCAAAAAUGAAUUUAUUUAUUAUAGUGCUUACCCUGUUGCUGGGGGCCAGGCAGCAGCCAACCAGGGAGGCAAGGCAGGGAGAGCUGAAGUCUGCCCUUUAUUUUCUUAUCUCUUCUCACACCUCACUUCCUGCAACAUCCAUCGAAGGAUCUCUCAGGACUCCCUGGUUGAGGAUCACUCACUUAGUGGUUGUCACAGAUUCCUGUGCUGGGAAGUGUACAAGCUGAGUGAGAAGUAAUAAAAAGGAGUAAGGAGGAAUGAAAAGUGGAUGGGGUCAGGAGUGAUCUACAUGCUCUUCACUCGGGCAUCAGUAGUAUAAACUUCACUCUUUCUCUGUGGAAUUACCAUAACCUGGCUUCAUUUGCCUUGGCAGUCCAACAGUACCGUCUCUAAUAUCUGAAGACUCUGUUCUUUUUAAGUUAGAUUUCCAGCUAGAAAGGCAUCAUGACAAAAGCAUCCACGUGGUGGUAGC